UGACUGCUGUCAGUUCAGGGCUCUACACAGCAUAAGGCACAUCAGCUUGGGAGGGCGGCCGGUAGAUCGACAAAGAGGACUCAACAGGUCUGAGUCUCCGGAGGGGGACUGGAGAUGCUCUCCACUGAGGUUCUUAGUACGGAACUGCUCAGGUGGAAACAUCUACGGAAAUCAGCUGAGUGCGGAUGGCUAAGCUAAGGAGCCAAGCGGCGAAGCGCUAAGCUAACUCUGCACCGGCUCAGCAAGUGCUGGGUUCUUUUUAAGACUGAGAAGAAAGAAAAGCAGAAAAACAGAGCAUGAAAGAGGGGAAACCUCAGGCAGACAGAUGUGAAGGGAGUAACAGGUGUGUUCGGCCCUUCAUGUGGUUCACUGCUCCAAACCGCACCAACGCCCUCACGACCCCCUGCUGCGUCUCUUUCAGGUGGGACGUGCUUAUCUGAGUCCGGCAGUGUCUGCCAGGGUGGGAGGAACAAGCCCUUUCACAGCCAAACGCUUUCGGCAUGGUUAAACGGCAACUAAAAUAAACAUAGCUGGCAUCUCAUAUGAGGAAAUGAGAGCCUGGAUGUGUCAGCAUUAACAUUAACGAGCCACGGAGGCAAGCAAAGAGAGUGGGAGAAAAUUGCUGUCCAUAACGACUUAGCCAAUUGUAGAGCAUCUUUUGAUUACUUGUGGCCUAUCAGAGACGAGGGAGGGGUCAGCAGAGUUUAAAAACACCGCAGUUCUUCAUCCGGUGGAAAUAUCAGUUCAUUGCUCCUAUGUUACUGAGGGACAGCUAUAAAACACAGCUAAAAAACAGAAGACUUUGGCUGCUGAGGGCCGGAUCUGGGGAUCACAGGACUGACGUGGACAAAGGAGAAACACGUCAGAAGACAAGAUGAAGUGUCUUCCAAGAGAGCUAGUGAUCUUAGUGGCCAUCAUCACUAUGGGCUGGAGCCAGCUGGAGGAGGUGGUGGUGAUCGGACAAGUUGGACACCAAGUUGUUUUGCCCAGAGCAGAUGCUUUGUCCAGAGGGUCUGAUGUAUCUUGGACAUUUGGAAGAAGUAAAGACAGCAUAACCCAACCCGUGAUAAUAAGACAAAGAGGGACUCCAUUAUACGGUGAAGGCAUGAAGGGCCGCGUGUCUUUGGCCACAAGCAACAUUUCCCUUAUUAUAAACAGCAUGAAUAGUAACGAUGUUGGUUACUACAAGUGUGAUACGAGCCAGUCGAAAACUUUAUACAGGCUUUACAGCGCCAAAGUCACUAGUCAACCUGCCUCGCUGGUUGUGGCCUCCCAAGUCUUGUCUUUGGAUUGUGAAGUAGACGGCCUCAAUCAAGGUCUGGAGUUUCAGUGGCGGUGCCCUCAGAAAAGCGUGAAGGGCACGGAGAAACGACUGACAAUGAAGCACGUCACACUGAGGGACCAUGGCGAGUGGAUUUGUGUCGUCACACACAAAGGACAAAGGUCUGAUGUCAAAUCCCCCAAUGAAUUCUUCAUAAAAUUCUCCAUCACCGUGGUGGACCUCAUCCCUUCCACGCCAUUAUACACCACCAACGGCUCAAGCCUUGUCAUCCCCUGUUACAUCUCCGCUAAUUUGGAACUCCCUGCACUUUCAAGUUUGCAGCCAAUUCGUGGUAGCUGGACCUUCAAACCUCACGUGGGCAACAGGGGCUUCCAGAAGGUCACCUCACUUACCGACAAGUAUCAGUGGGAGGUCGUCACCAAUCGCUCAAAUUGGAUACGGAACACGGGGCCGCUUAAAAACCAUCUGUCCUUGGAUAUUGCAUCUGUUCUGGAGGCAGACGUGGGGACUUACCGCUGCGAGCUAAUCUUUAAGGACCAGAUCACGAUAAGCAUGGAAGUCAAGGUGAACAUGCUCAGAGUUCAUUCAUCUCCUGAUUCCCCCAUAUAUUACAUGGGUGAUGCAUUCAACAUCAGUUGCUCCCUGGUUGGCACUGAAAUGAGCUCUGACUUGAGGAUGAAGUGGACAGUGCCGGAUAAAUCGUCAAUAAAGGAUACCCUAGACGAGCCCCCCCCGGCUGUGCUGUCCGUCCGCCAGGCAACAGAGAAAGACAAAGGGAGGUGGAAGUGCGAGCUGAUGAAGGACGGCAAAGCGCUCGUCUCGGCAGAAUUGAAUCUGAAAAUCGAGAGCCGCCCUGUGAACGUGCUUCUGUGGCUGUCCAUCUGUGGAGCAGGCAUCCUCUGCAUCUUGAUCAUCAUGGCCAUUCUGAAGCUGAGACAGAGGGUCCACUGCAGGAGGAGACCCAAGAAGAAGUACUGCCGCUGCAAAAAUCCCCAGGUGAAAGGAUUUUAUAAGACCUGAGCAACGAUGAAUCCUGGAAAGCAGUACUACAUUCUGACACAUUUUUAUUUCAUUAUAACUUGUAUAUAUGUUUAUAUGUAACUUGGAAAAAUACCACAUCCCUUUUUGCAUAAGAGAUUGAUGGAUUUUAUAAGCAUCCAGCCACUUUUCGUGCAUUGAAAAUAUAUGUAAAUAAUUUUCAUUUGAUUUUUUUGUAUUUUUCUCUGUUAUUGUUUUGAGUAAACUUUUACCAAGAAAUACU